AAGGGCAGAACCAGCCCAGGAAAAUUAACAAAUUUAUAAGCCGAAAAUUAAUUCAAGAGAAAUACUGAAAUCUUAAGGAUAUCCUUGAAAAAAUGCAGUUGAAAUAUCUGCGAACAUUGCUGGAGGGUCAGGAGCAAAUUCAAAGGAUAGCUGGACUAGCCUGGUCCCCCAACCAGCAAAAACUGGCCAUCGCCACCGCGGAUCGCCAUAUACUACUAUACGAUGAUGCAGGAGAACGCCGCGAUAAGUUCAGCACCAAGCCAGCGAAUCCUUCGAACGGAAAGAACUCCUAUGUCAUUCGGGGACUGGCCUUCAGUCCGGACUCGACCAAGCUGGCAGUGGGCCAGAGCGACAGCAUCGUCUAUGUAUACAAGCUGGGGGAGUCCUGGAACGACAAGAAGGUGAUUUGCAACAAGUUUCCCCAGGCCAGUGCUGUCACCGCCCUGAUUUGGCUCACUUCGGGUUCCAUAAUCGCAGGACUUGAGGAUGGCAAGGUGCGCGCUUUGCACAGCAAGAGCAAUAAAUCCCAGAGUCUCUAUGGCGGCGACAGCAUCUGCAUUUCCUUGGCUGCCAAUACCAAGGGCACUGGGUUCCUGAGUGGCCACAACGAUGGCACCAUUAUACGCUACUUCAUGACGGAUGAGGCCACGGAACCACUGGGCAGGGUGGUGCAGCACUCGGUGCCACCCUUUGCCUUGGCCUGGCCACAGGGCGGCUUCUGCGUGGGUGGCUGCGACCAGAGGAUUGUGUUCUACGACAGCAUGGGUCGCCAGCUACGCACCUUCGAUCACUCCCGGACGGAGGGCGAAAGGGAGUUCACCGUGGCCGCCUGCAGUCCCAAUGGACAGGCGGUGGCCUUCGGCAGCUUCGACAGGAUACGGAUCUUCGCCUGGAGUCCUCGACAGGGAGCUUGGAGCGAGAGUGCCAGCAAGGAGGUGGCCUGUCUGUACACCCUGAGCAGCCUGCUCUGGCGGCGGGAUGGAGCUCGCCUCGCCCUGGGCUCCGUGAGUGGAGCCGUGCUCCUCUUCGAGUCCGUCCUUCGACGCACCGUGUGGCAGGACAAGUUCGAGCUGAUCUUCGUGGCGCCCAGUCAACUUCUGGUGAGAUCCCUCACUGAGCCCUCGCAACAGCUCACCAUCGAGUCGCAGUUGGGUCUGGAGAUCGACGAUGUUAGGAUCAUGGGCAGAGACAACUAUCUGGUGGCCCGCACCGAGGAGUCGCUGAUCCUUUGCGACUUGACCAGAAACCUAUGCAGCGAGGUGCCCUGGACAGCCUCUGGUCACCACGAGCGAUUCUACUUCGAGAACCCCACCGUUUGCCUGGUUUUCAAUGUGGGCGAACUGAGUUUGGUGGAAUACGGUGAGAACUCUAUCCUGGGCUCGGUUCGAACGGAGUUCGUGAAUCCCCACGUGAUCUCCGUGCGUCUGAAUGAGCGAGGAAACGGCAGGGAUAACAAAAAGCUGGCCUUCCUCCUGGAUGCCAAAACCAUUUGCGUGGUGGAUCUGGUUAGCAGGAUGACCAGUGGUCAGAUCAAUCAUGAGACCAAGAUCGACUGGCUGGAACUCAGUGAGACGGCCCACAAGCUGCUCUUUCGGGACAAGAAGCUGCGUUUGAUCCUGGUGGAUAACUACACGGGCAAGAAGCAGACCUUGCUAAGCAACAUAUCCUUUGUCCAGUGGGUGCCCCAGAGCGAUGUGGUGGUGGCCCAGAGCAACUCCAACCUGGCCAUCUGGUACAACAUCGACUUGCCCGAGCAUGUGACCAUGCAGAGCGUUCGCGGAGAAGCCAUCGAGGUGCUCCGGGAAAAUGGACGCACUGUGGUUCGAUCGCAGGAUGGACCCAGUGAGCACAAUUACCAGUUGGACGAGGGCCUGGUGGAGUUUGGCACUGCGGUGAACGACAGCGACUUCGGCAGAGCCGUCCACUUUCUGGAGUCCCUGGGCGACAAGCCCGCCGCCAAGGCCAUGUGGCACAACCUGGCCCUGAUCUCCCUGGAGGACGGCAACCUGCGAGUGGCCCAGCGAUGCUAUGCUGCCCUGGGUAACGUGUCCAAGGCCUACUACCUCGCCGAGAUGAUCCAGCAGGCGGAUGAGUUCGAGGAGACCACCGGCUCUCCAGGCAUUCUUUGCCCCGAAGUUCGUGCCAAGAUGGCCCUGCUCGGAUCGGAUUUGCGCACUGCGGAGAGGAUUUAUCUGGAGCAAGGGGACAUUGAGGCAGCUCUGAAGAUGUACCAGCAGCUGGGCAUGUGGGAUGAGGCAGUUUCCCUGGCGGAGAGACGGGGGUACAAUAGAAUCUCCGAGCUGAAGCAACAGCACAUGGAUUACUUGCUCAGCAGCGAGCAGCUGGAGAAGGCUGGCCAGGUGCUCGAGGAGCAGGGUGAUCUGCAGCAGGCCAUGUCCCUGUACCUGAAGGCCAACAAACCGGCGAGGGCUGCUCGGUUGGCGCUGAAGACCCCGCACAUCCUGCAGGAUGAGCAGGUGAUGCUGCAAGUAACCGAGGGAUUGGUGCGCUCGGAGCUCUAUGAGCUGGCCGGGGACAUUGCCCAUCGGUUAUCCCGACCAGAAGCGGCCUUGGCUCUCUACCGGAAAGGAGGAGCAUAUGCCAGAGCCCUGGAACUGGGACGAGUGGUGGCUCCACAGGAGGUCACAUCGCUGGAGGAGGAAUGGGGCGACUGGUUGGUGGGCCGCAAGCAGCUGGAUGCCUCCAUCAACCACUACAUAGAGGCGGGAGCCACCCAAAAAGCCCUGGAGGCAGCUGUGGGCGCCAAGCAGUGGCGCAAGGCUGUCCAAAUAGCCAAGGUUCUGGAUGAGCCCGAGCUCAUCCAGCGAUAUGCCGUGGAUCUGGCCAAGCAUCUGGCCUUCGCCGGAGAUCUGGACGGAGCCGAGGAUAUGCUGGUGAGGGCCAAUCUGCACAAGGAGGCCAUCGAACUCCUGAACCGCCAUGGCAAAUGGGAGCGGGCCUAUGUGAUUGGCGAAAAGUAUCUAAAGGCGGAUGAACUGCGGGAGCUCUUUGUCCAACUCGCUGGAACUCUGGAGGAUCAGGGAAAGUACAGAGAUGCCGAAAAGGUCCUUGUGGCGGUUAAUGAACCCGAUCUGGCCAUAGCUAUGUACAAGCGAAGGGAACUCUACGACUCCAUGAUUCGCCUGGUGGAGCGUCAUCACAAGGACCUGCUGGACAGCACCCACUUGCACCUGGCACGCCAACUGGAGUCCCGCGGGAAACUCAAGAAUGCCGAGAUGCACUUCGUGGCCUCCGGGGACUGGAAGUCCGCUGUGCACAUGUACUGCUCCUCGGGUCGCUGGGAGGAUGGCUACCGGGUGGCCAAGCAGAAGGGCACCGAGGGAGCCAGCCAGCAGGUGGCCUACAUGUGGGCCAAGUCCAUGCCCACGGAGAGUGCUGUGCGGCUGCUGAGCAAACUGGGUCUUCUGGACACCGCAGUGGGAUUUGCCUGCGACUCCGGACAGUUUGAGUUCGCCAUGGAGCUGUGCAGAUUCGCUGGGAGGCCCACCGAUGAGGUUCACCUGAAGAUAGCCAUGUCCCUGGAGGAUGAGGGCAAGUUCGAGGCCGCGGAGGCGGAAUUCCUGAAGGCCAACAAACCCAAGGAGGCCAUCCUGAUGUACCAGCAUGCGGGAGAUUGGCAGGCGGCCUUGAACGUGGCCGAGUCCCAUCUACCCGAUGCUGUGGGAGAGGUUCUCAUUGGGCAGGCUUCGGCCGCCUUGGAAACCAGCAACUACAAGGACUACGAAGCUCUUCUUCUGAGAGCCCAUCGUGCAGACCUCAUUGUGGAGCACUACAAACAGGAAUCCCUCUACGAAGAUGCCCUGCGCAUCGCCGAGGAGCACUAUCCGGCGGCCUUGAAUGAUCUGAGGCGUCUCCAGGCCCAACUGCAACGUGGCCAGGCCCAGGCACAAGCUGGCGAGGACGCCGCCUCCAUUUCGCGUGCCUAUCUGCAGAAGGCCGCCGAGUUCGCCAAGAAGGAGCAGUUCCGCAAGGCGGCCGAGUGCCUGAUGCAGAUAGACUCCUCCAAUGCCGAGGAUGCAGCCACUUUGGAGAGGGCUCUCCUCAGAGCUGCUGAGAUCUGCAAUCAGUUCCUGGAGGGCACGGAUGCCCAGGAGCUGGCUCAGUCACUGGGACCGAGAUUGCUGGCCAUUAAGCAGAUUGGGCCCGCUGCUCAGCUCUAUUUGGCCGCUGAUCUGCCCAAGCAGGCGGUGGAUGUGUUCAUCAAAACGGAGCAGUGGAGCAAGGCUCGUCGGCUGGCCAAGGAGAUCGACGCGGAUCUGCAGCUCCUCGCCUAUGUGGAGCAGCAGCAGAAGGCCAGCCUGAAGCACGAGGGCAACAUCGAGCAGCUGGCGGACAUCGACGUGGUGUCCGCCCUGGAUCUUCUCGCGGAACAGGGUCAGUGGCAGCGUUGUCUGGAGAAGGCCAAGCAGUUGAAUCCCGCCCUGCUGCAGAAGUACGUGGCCGUCUAUGCUGCCCAGCUGAUUAGGGAGGGCAAUUGCACCACUGCCCUCGGGCUCUACUUGAGCUACGGAGCUCCUCCGAUCGAGGCCCACUUCAAUAUCUACACCAGGAUCGCCUUGGACUGCCUGGCCCUGCGGGAGGAGCAAGCGGAGGGUGGCUUGCUGUGGCGUCAGUUGAGGGACUUCCUCUCCCGCCUGCUGCAAUCGCUCAAGGCAAGCCCAGAGCAGGCACAAUCGCAAUUCACAGUGAGCAUGGAGCAGUUCCUGUUGAUAGCCCACUACUAUGCCACCCGAGCAGCUUGUAAGGAGGUGCAGGCACUGCAGCCGGUGGCCCUGCGCUUAUCCUUGGCCCUGCUGCGUCACACGGAUCUGCUGCCGGUGGACAAGGGCUUCUACGAGGCUGGGAUGGAUCUCCGGCAGGCAGGUCGCGAGUCCGAGGCCUUUGUGAUGCUCAAUCACUACCUGGACGUGUGCGAGGCCAUUGAAGAGGGUUCCGGCCAGUUGGUGGACCACUCCGACCUGGCCUGCACCGAUUUUCCCAGCUCCGUUCCCUUGCCGGAGGAUAUCCACCUGAAGAACGAUCCCAAUCUGCACGAGGAGGUGCGCGAAUGGGUGCUCGCCGUGAGCAUGGAUCAACAGGUGGACCAGCAGCUGCCCACCGAUGAUCGUGGGCUGUACGAAUCCAGCUUGGGGCCCAAUGAUCUGCCCUGCAUGCUGAGUGGCUUUCCCGUGAGGGGUCGUCAGCCGGUGACCUUUCAGGGCUCCAGCAACCAAGUGAAUCGCGAUGUCUGGAGCAAGUUCUCCGUGGCCUUGAAGAUGUCCCCGGGCAGUGGUAUUGCCGACAUUAUUUCCUUCACCGAAAAGUGGCAGGGAGCAGCCAACUACGUGAUGCACUAACCAGGCAGAUUGAGAAGUCCGAGAAUGUAAGUUG